UCCGCUAAACACAAGAACCCAAAUACUAACUUGCAACCACUCUCCAGCAAUUUUUCAGCAUCCUCUUCCCCUUCCCCUUCCCUUCUUCGCUUCUUCCACCCUCCUUGAAUCCUUCGCCUUUCUUUCCUACCGCAGCCGACCGUCCGGCAGCACUUCCGUUCCCCCUCAGACCUGUACCUUCUCCCCAAGAAACACCUUGAUUGCUCUUCGCUUGCUAUUGCUUUGCUUCUUUCCAUGGACCAGACAGAAGCCGCGGUCGCCGCUGUCCCGCCGCCGGUGCCCACGGCGGCCCCCGUCGUCCCGGUCGAUCUCACGGUCGUCAAGAAACGCCUCGGUGGCGGCGGCGACAUGGCGGUGCACGACUCAUCUGGCAGCCUCGCGUUCCGCGUCACGGCGGCGGACGCUGGUGGCAGAGGCAGGGCGCUCCUCGACGCCUCCGGCAGCACCCUGGUCACCGCGAGGAGCAUCGAGGGUGUGUGGCAAGCAUUCAGAGGAGUUAGUUCGGAACAGAAAGACGCCAUUUUUUCUGCAAAGGUAAUGUCCGCUUCUUCGAAGCGAAAGGAGGUACAUGUCCUUGUCCCACCGAGAAGCUCGUUCGAAGAUCCGAAACCAAGCUAUAUACUCGUAGGAAAUCCAUUUCAAAGAGCAUGCACAGUUAUAAACGGCAACUCCAUUGUUGCUCAGGCAAAUCUCCCGUACAAAUUAAACAAGCCCGUCUAUUCAAGACGCAAGUUUAGAGUCACCAUUUACCCAGGAAAUGAUAACAUUUUGAUCAUGGCAAUGAUUAUGACCUUCCUUGUACAAAAAUAAUAGAAAUGAUGAGUCGCACGUUGCUUUCAGAAAAUUCCGAGGAUGAUUUAGCUCCUUCUCUCACUGACCAAUUGCUCUUACUGAACGGACUGAUCUUGUAAAUAUUUCUUUGUUGUUCAGAUUAUUUUCUUGGUUGGUUCUUAUAUUGCUAGUUCAGAUUUAGUGAACAUAUCCUCACUGGCUAAGUGGUUAUGGAAAUGGGAGACUGAUGAAACAAUCUGGCGGCAGAGAGUUGUCCUCAAUAAAUAUGUGAAAUCACAGUGCAUUGCUGGGAUUAAACAUAAACCUGGAGACUCCAAUUUUUAGUCUGUAUUAAUGGGUAUUGAACACCUCUUUUACCCUCAUUGUAAAAGAAAAUGUGGGGGAAUGGAUAAAAAACUAGAUUCUGGCAGGAUUGUAUCAUAGAUUAUAUAGCAUCUGCUUUGACAAGGGCAUUUGUGUGGCAGAUGCUUUUGUCCGGGGAUGGGGAGGAUUUCAAUUUAGAAGAAUGUUUUGGGGUGGCCCUCUUGACCUGUGGAACAGUAUAAUAACAACUUGUUGCAUGCACUCAUUAAGUGCGAGCAUGCACGGAGAUUCUGGGAGGAAGCUCAGUUCUGGA